GGCCGCUGGGGCCGAGCCCAGAGCCCCGGGCGGUCGCAUUGUUUUCCUCCGCGCUCCGCGGCUGGACUCGGACCCAGGGCUUUCCCGACAGCGCCCCGAACCCCACAUUCGAGCACCAUCCAAUUCGGACGCUCAUCGCAGCUUGCCGGAGCCCAACCACGGAUUGCGAACUCGGCGCGGCGCGUGGCCGAGGGCCGUCCGCGGCGAUCUCGAUCCCGCUGACCCGGAUCCCGGAGCAAGUCAGAGGUUUCCUAUCCCCCUCACGCCCCCACAGGAGUCACCACCCCAGGGCCAGCAUAUGGGUGAGGGGGCACCCCCUGGGGCCUGAGCUGCCCCGCACAGGAUGCCCCGUGCCCCCCACUUCAUGCCCUUGCUGCUACUGCUGCUGCUGCUCUCGCUUCCCCAUACCCAGGCCGCCUUUCCCCAGGACCCCCUCCCUCUGUUGAUCUCUGACCUUCAAGGUACUUCCCCAUUAUCCUGGUUUCGGGGCCUGGAGGAUGAUUCUGUGGCUGCAGAGCUUGGGCUGGACUUUCAGAGAUUCCUGACCUUGAACCGGACCUUGCUAGUGGCUGCCCGGGAUCACGUUUUCUCCUUUGAUCUUCAAGCCCAAGAAGAAGGGGAGGGGCUGGUGCCCAACAAGUAUCUAACAUGGAGGAGCCAAGAUGUGGAGAACUGUGCUGUGCGGGGAAAGCUGACGGACGAGUGCUACAACUAUAUUCGUGUUCUUCUUCCCUGGGACUCCCAGACGCUCCUUGCCUGUGGAACGAACUCAUUCAGCCCUGUGUGCCGCAGCUAUGGGAUAACUUCGCUGCAGCAGGAGGGUGAGGAGCUGAGUGGGCAAGCUCGAUGCCCCUUUGACGCCACCCAGUCCAACGUGGCCGUCUUUGCAGAGGGCAGCCUGUACUCGGCCACAGCUGCGGACUUCCAGGCCAGUGAUGCUGUAGUUUACAGAAGCCUUGGGCCUCAGCCCCCACUCCGCUCCGCCAAGUACGACUCCAAGUGGCUCCGAGAGCCACACUUUGUCCAUGCCCUGGAGCAUGGAGACCAUGUCUACUUCUUCUUCCGUGAGGUCUCUGUGGAGGAUGCCCGGCUGGGGAGGGUGCAGUUCUCCCGAGUAGCCCGAGUGUGUAAACGUGACAUGGGUGGCUCGCCUCGGGCCUUGGACCGACACUGGACAUCCUUCCUGAAGCUGCGGCUCAACUGCUCUGUCCCUGGGGACUCUACCUUCUAUUUUGACGUCUUACAGGCCUUGACUGGGCCUGUGAACCUGCAUGGCCGCUCUGCUCUCUUUGGGGUCUUCACCACCCAGACCAAUAGCAUCCCUGGCUCUGCUGUCUGCGCCUUCUACCUGGAUGAGAUUGAGCGUGGGUUUGAGGGCAAGUUCAAGGAGCAGAGGAGUCUGGAUGGGGCCUGGACUCCUGUGUCUGAGGACAGGGUCCCCUCACCCAGGCCAGGAUCCUGUGCAGGAAUAGGGGGAGCUGCCUUGUUCUCCUCUUCUCGAGACCUCCCUGAUGACGUCCUGACCUUCAUCAAGGCUCACCCGCUGCUGGACCCCGCUGUGCCACCUGCCACCCAUCAGCCUCUACUCACUCUCACUAGCAGGCCCCUACUGACCCAGGUAGCUGUGGAUGGCAUGGCUGGUCCCCACAGUAACAUCACAGUCAUGUUCCUUGGCUCCAACGACGGGACAGUGCUGAAGGUGCUGCCCCCAGGUGGGCGAUCUGGGGGACCUGAGCCGAUCCUCCUGGAAGAGAUUGAUGCCUACAGCCCUGCCCGGUGCAGUGGGAAGCGGACAGCCCUAACAGCACGACGGAUCAUAGGGCUGGAGCUGGAUACUGAGGGUCACAGGCUCUUUGUGGCUUUUUCUGGCUGUAUUGUCUACCUCCCUCUCAGCCAGUGUGCCCGGCAUGGGGCCUGUCAGAGGAGCUGUCUGGCUUCUCAGGACCCAUACUGUGAAUGGCACAGCUCCAGAGGCUGUGUGGAUAUCAGGGGACCUGGUGGGACUGAUGUGGAUCGGGCUGGGAACAAGGAAUCCAUGGAGCAUGGGGACUGCCAAGACGGAGCUACUGGGAGUCAGUCUGGCCCUGGGGAUUCUGCUUAUGUGCUUCCGGGUCCUGGUCCUGACCUUGGGACCCUCAGUCCCCCCAGUGAUGCCCACCCCCGGCCCCAGUCUUCCACUCUUGGAGCUUACACUCGGGGCGUGCGUCGGGACCCGCCCCCAGCCUCAGCCUCCCGCUCCGUCCCCAUCCCACUCCUCCUGGCCAGUGUGGCCGCAGCUUUCGUCCUGGGCGCCUCAGUGUCUGGCCUCCUGGUCUCCUGUGCUUGUCGCCGCGCCCACCGACGUCGAGGCAAGGACAUCGAGACUCCGGGGCUCCCGCGCCCUCUUUCCCUCCGCAGUUUGGCCCGACUCCACGGUGGGGGCCCAGAGCCCCCGCCGCCGUCCAAGGACGGCGACGCGGUGCAGACGCCGCAGCUGUACACCACCUUCCUGCCGCCUCCCGAGGGCGUGCCCCCGCCGGAGCUGGCCUGCCUGCCCACCCCCGAGUCCACGCCGGAGCUGCCGGUCAAGCACCUGCGCGCCGCCGGGGACCCCUGGGAGUGGAACCAGAACAGGAACAACGCCAAGGAGGGCCCGGGCCGCUCUCGGGGCGGGAACGCGGGGGGCGGGCCGGCGCCCCGCGUGCUGGUGAGGCCGCCACCGCCCGGCUGUCCCGGGCAGGCGGUGGAAGUCACCACCCUGGAGGAACUGCUGCGCUACCUGCACGGCCCGCCACCGCCCAGGAAGGGGGCCGAGCCCCGACUUCCUUUAACCUCGCGGGCGCUCCCGCCGGAGCCCGCCCCCGCCCUCUUGGGCGGCCCCAGCCGCAGCCCCCGGCCCCCAGAGUGCGCCCGGCCGCUGAGGCUGGACGUGCCACCCGAGGGCAGGUGCGCCGCUGCCCCCGCCCGGCCCGCGCUCUCCGCCCCCGCUCCCCGGCUGGGCGUCGGCGGGGGCCGGAGGUUGCCUUUCUCCAGCCACCGGGCCCCCCCUGCCCUGCUCACUCGAGUCCCCUCGGGGGGUCCCUCCAGGUACUCCGGGGGGCCCGGGAGGCACCUCCUGUACCUGGGUCGGCCCGAGAGCUACCGGGGCCGCGCCCUGAAGAGGGUGGACAUGGAGAAGCCCCAGCUGUCCCCGAAGCCUCCCCUCGUCGGGCCCUCCUCCAGCCAGGCCGUCCCGAACGGCGGCCAUUUCAACUUUUAAAGGGAGCGGCCCCCGGCCUCCAGCGGAGGGCGGGCGGGGCGGGGAGUCCUCUCGGCCGCCAUCGGGACGCUCCUCAGGACGCCUCGCCGCCCCCUCGCCCCGCACCUCCAGCCUUCCCGACUCGCAGAGCCUCCCGAGG